AUCCACUCCAUGCUGCAACUCCCGUUCCUACUCGCCUUCCUCGACACGACUUGCCAGAGAUAGACGUCGUUUCCGCUCAAACAAUCCCAUCUCGCAUGUAUCCGCUCAAUUGGAAUUGCUGACGACCAAUCUCUACGCUGAUCUCUACCUAACAUCAUCCACGGCCAACAUUUCCCCACCCUCCACAUCCUUCCUGGUUCCCCUCAUCUACCUCAUUCAUGUGUAGGACAUAAAUCCGGGGAUCAUCCAGGACCCUCUUACCACCCCGUCAAUUUUCCUCCCCUUCAGCGUGGCAGAACAAUUUGUCAACCAGCCAUGAUCGUCGGAAUGUGCUGAACUAUCUUUCGGAUCCUGUGCAGCAAGGAGCUUAAUCGUUCAAUAAUCCUAGGGCUCACGUUACACGGUCCCUGACUGGCAUUGUCCAUGCCAUUGAAGGCUCGCAAAAGGAAGUAAAAUAUUUGGCAUCGUAUUACAGAUAGUCUACUUCUUUCCAUCUUAUUUCCAAGCUCUGAGAAUCGACAGAAGAGCAACAGCGUUGUUGUUGAAUCAUUUUAUGCUUUAUUUUCGGAUUUUGUAACCUAUCGAUCAAGGAUCUCAUAUCAUGGAGGUUGCGAAUCAGUCGGCGGCCCCGUCCGCGCACGCGAAGAGCAAAGCUCAAAAUGCCAAACCGCGUCUUCUCCUCAUGGGACUGCGCCGGAGCGGAAAGUCCUCCAUUGCCAGUGUUGUUUUUCACAAAAUGCCUCCAAAUGAGACACUGUUUUUGGAAUCAACCACGCGCAUCCAAAAGGACUCUAUCCAUUCGUUCAUGGAUUUCCAAGUGUGGGACUUUCCCGGCCAGUUGGAGUACCUGGAGCCGUCAUUCGACUUGGAGGACAUCUUUGGUAGCCUGGGUGCCCUUGUCUGGGUGAUCGACGCCCAGGAUGACUACUUGGAUGCGGUCGCGCGCUUGAAUCGUACAAUCCUGACGGUUCAGCAAUAUUAUCCCAACAUCAACAUCGAGGUGUUCAUUCACAAGGUGGAUGGGCUGUCGGAUGAAUACCGCACGGAUACAUUCCAAGAUAUUGUGCAGCUAAUUUCGGACGAGCUUAGCGAUGCGGGAUACGAGAAUGCACCCGUGCACUACUAUCUGACAUCGAUCUACGAUUAUUCCGUCUUUGAGGCCUUUAGCAAGGUCAUUCAGAAGCUGAUACCUAAUCUAUCGACCCUUGAGAACCUGAUCAACACUCUCUCCAACAACUGCGGCUUCGAAAAGACCUAUCUUUUUGAUGUGCUGAGCAAGAUCUACAUUGCAUCCGAUACCAGGCCGGUAGAUAUGUCGUGCUACGAGAUGUGUUCGGAUUACAUCGACGUGAUCGUGGACAUUUCAGAGCUUUACUCGUGGGACCAUCCCGACCGCAAGCCCAGGGGCGAGCAGGGCCAGGAAGCCGAGAGCCACGUGGUGCUGCAUGAUGAGACGAUGAUACAUUUGCUCGAAAUGAACAAAUAUUUAUGUCUCGUUUCCGUCAUCCGCAAUCCUGAGGCGAAGGAAAAGAAAGGGCUGAUCGACAUGAACUGCCGCACUUUCCAGGAGGCGCUGAAUGAUGUUUUCUCUCGCAGUUGGGAGCAAGACCAGGACCAUGAGCCAAGAAUAACAAAGGCGUCAGGGCAGCCAGACGAAUAAAUCUAAGUGAUCAAGUACCCGUUCGAUUUCUUGCGCCGUACGGUUCCUUGUAGUGGGCUGGUCUGUUUUCGGUCACCACCUCUCCUCCUGUGUGAUUUGGUAGAACUCUGGUAGUUCUCUGAUGAUUGCAUUGUUGAGUUCACAAGUGGUGCUUAAAUAUUCAUGCGACCGAUACCCUAGCAAUAAUCCACAAUUAGCCAUAAUGCUGGCAGCCUUAG